AUGGGCGACUUCUUCGCCAAGAUCGGCAGUGACAACCGAGGAUAUGAGGAGAUAAUGGGGAAGCAAGGGUUAGGCGACAACGAGGAGAGAUUCGCCGGCCUGUGCGCCACAAGUAACAUGGACAUCGAAGGAAGUGUUUUCCAUCACAGAAGGAUACACAAGGCAACUUGGGUGUCACCAGACCUGUCAUCAGAGGACCAGAUUGACCACCUGUCGCAAGGAAGUUUCGUCGCUCUCUUCAGGAUGUCCGUCUCAAGCGCCAACGCCAUCACUGCUACACUGAAAGACACAUGGAAGCAGGAAGAGUUCAAGCUCACUCUCUCCAAUAAGUUCCAGGUUCUAAAGGAGCUGCUUGAAGAAGAGACGAUAGAGCAGAAGUUGCAGAACGUGAAAGAAGCAGCGACAUCAACAUGCCAAGAAGUACUGGGCUCCAAGUAUAACACACACAAGGAGUGGAUAUCAGCAAAGACGCUUCAGAAAGUUGCAAACAGACAAAAAACAAAGGCAAGCGUCAACAACAGCAGAACACGAGCCGCAGAAAAUGGAAGCACAAGAAGACCAGAGCGGCCAGUAAGAGACAAAAUUGGAGGAGUCAUAACAGAAGACGAAGGGAAGAGGAAGAGGUGGAUUGAGCACUUCCAAGAGCUACUCAACAGGCCGGCUCCUGCGAACGCACCGGGGAUUCCGCCAGCUAUAAGCGAUCUGUCCAUCAAGUGCUGCACUCCCAAAAAGAAAGAGAUCAGCAGCGCUAUCAAGCGAUUGAAGAACGGCAAAUCUGCAGGACCUGACAGCAUACCUGCAGAAGCGCUUAAAGCUGACGUGGAGAUCAGUUUGGAGCUACUACACCCGCUCUUCAGCAAGAUAUGGGAGGACGAAAAAAUUCAGAGUGGAAAGAGGGGUAACUCGUCAAGCUUCCCAAGAAAGGCGACCUCAGUUCCUGCUCCAACUACCGAUGAAUCACACUGUUGUCAAUCCCAGGAUAGCGUUGACCGGGAGUCCAUCUGGAGACUUUUGAGACACGAUAGAGUGCCAGGAAAGAUCACCAACAUGAUCAGGAAGUCUUAUAAAGGAAUGACCUGCAGAAUCGUUCAUGACAGACAGCUCACGGAUGCCUUUGAAUUGGAGGACCUCGACUUUGCCGAUGAUCUGGCUCUUCUCUCCCACACCCAACAACAGAUGCACGAAAAGACAAACAUUGUUGCCGACAACUCAGCUAGACUGAGCCUCACCAUCAACAGAGGGAAAAACAAGGCGUCCAGGACCAACGCAUACAACAACACACCCAUCACAAGACGUUGGUGGUGGAUAGGCCACACCCUUCACAAGCCUGUAUCCAAUACGACAAUGCAAUCUCACGUGGAACCCGCAAGGAAAAAGAGAGGGCGGCCUAGAAACACAUGGCACCGGGACCUGGAUGCAGAUGCUAAGCGGAUGGACCAAACAUGGAGCAGCUGGAGAUACUCGCCCACAACCGAGACGCCUGGAUGA